AUGAAACACAAAAUACCAACUUUGGAUCUACUCAAAACAACCAGACCAACCAGUAGAAAUGAUUCAAGACAAUAAUCUCAUGUUUCUUUUCGCAUCACUCUACAAACUCCCAAAUCCACUGCUCGGUACAACAAUCCCCAGACUUCUAGAGUGUUAGAGUAAUCCUUAUUUUAAAAUGAUAUUUCGAAACUCAAAUCAAAACAUCGGAAAGUCAAGACAGAGACUGAUCCUCUUGUGUUUUGGGAUUAGGUUCAAAACUAUGGACACUUGAGAACCAUAGAACCACCUAAAUUCAAUUAGGAAAAGCAAGCUUAAUUGUACUAAAAGUUGUAAAGGAUGAAAAUUGAGAAAGAGGAAAAAAUUAGAAAGGAGUAAGAGGAAAGAGAGAGAGUCAAACUAUUGGAAUUGGAAAGGAAACAUAAGGAGUAAUAGGCUUUGGAAAUAGAAAAAAAAAGGAUGCUGGACUCUUAAAGAUAUCAAGAGUACUUGGCUGAAAAAUACAAAAUAGAUAGAAGAUUCACCAUCUUCACUUUGGUUAAUGCCAUAAUGUUGCGAAAAUUACAUUCUAAGCCUACUUCAUUUAAAUUAGCCAAAUUGAUCGCCAAUCAAUAUCUAAAUCUCUUAAAUUACAAAGCCAUUUUACACAAAAUAACCAUGCAACAAUCCUAACCCUUGCAAAUCUCUCAAAUCCUCCAAGGGAAUGCUGAGUAAUUGGCCUAAUUGAAGAACAUAUAACAUCGAUUGAAUGAGGGUUUGAUACUCAAAAGAAAAUAAACCAGAGUGUACUUAAAUAAACAAAAAACCAUCUUUGAAUAAAGCCAAGCACCACCUUAGUUUUCAGAACCUGUACUCAAACGCAUCCGUUUUUUAUAGGCUUGUCUGAGACUGAAGGUGUUUAAAUUGAAUAAAAAAAACAUUGAACCCAAAUAGAAAGUUAAAAGCAAUAGAGUGCAUCCGAAUAGAGUAAAAGCGCUUAAAAAACGAUUGGAUGACAUAGAUUUUAUCAAAGCCAACUCUCCCUCUUACAAUAGUCCAUUAUCAUCUCCUGGACAACCUGUUGCUAAUCCUUUAGGUUUAUUUUGCACACUCUAUAAAGUUGCCGACACUCUGAAAAAUUACGAUAGAAUUAAAAAUCAAAAAAUGAUUCAAAAAACUAAUGAUUAUUUAGUCAAGAGAGUAUAAUCUUUAUAUUAUCCUGUAAUUAGAUUUGUCUCUAUCUUCUAUAAAAACGUUGUUGUUUGGUCAAUUCAAUAUUCUGAUAUUACCUUGGAUCGAACUUGCAUUGUGUUAUUUUUUAAAGGUGAAGGCAGAUCUUAAUAUUUCUAUCGUUUGGACAUCCCUAUUGGGGCUAUUCAAAAGGAAGAUAUUGGAGAACAGAAUUGUAUCACUGUCUGGCCAACUGUUCGCGAUUACUUGAUGAGCUACCUAGAAUUGAAAGGACAAUUAGCAUUAUUAAAUCAAACCAGAUAUGGAUGUGCCAAAAAUUACAAGUUGAAUUUCAUCUAAGGCUUAUCCAUGCGUUCUAGAAAGAACAUCACUGAAGAAGAUAUCAAUGCUAUAGUGGAAACCAAGGAAAUCCUAAAUUAUCUAUAGACAUCACAAAUAGUGAGAAUACGGAAGAUAUUUGGAUCGGUCUAUGAGUUAUUACCUUAAUUCUAAGAUUGUAAUCUGUUGUCUGAUGCCACUUAAUACAUUUUGAACUUACCUCUUGUUCAUGAUACAAUUUUACAAUUAAGAAUACUCGAACAGUAGAUCCUAGAAUAUCGACGUAACAUUUAUAAAAAACCAUAGGAUUUAUCAACAAGGUAUAGAGAUUACAUUGAAAGAAAUAAAAGUAUACUCAAUUAAAUUCUGGCAUUCCGUUUUGUUCACAAUAACAGUAUCUUUUUUUAGGAUUAAAUGCUUGAAGAUAUCUAUGAACUCUCCCACAAAUCCAUUUAUAUACAAUGUGCAACUAUCAAUAUUCAAGAUAUAUUGAAUCAUUAUGACUUUUAAAUAUGCAAUUAAAUCAGCAAAUAUUGUCUGAUAAGUUUACAUCUGACACUCAAAAGCCAAUUCCAUUUUGAUGAUUUACUGUUUAAUGCAUAAAAGCAUUCAGUUAGAACAGGAUUCCAAACCAUAACUAAUUUCUUUGAUGUAGAUUACACACACUUUGAUUGGAAAUUUAAAUUGGAGUACUUCAAAGUAAGGAUUGAAGUGACAGUAUUUGAAAGGGAUAAGUCACUUAAAUGGAAUGAAAAGCAACUCCUUCAAGACAUUAAGCAAUCAAGAAGUGAGCGUGCCUUCAAACCAUUGAAAAUGAAAUUGGAUGAUUUCAGUAAACUAGGGUAAGCUCUAUAAGAAACUACAUUCAAUAAUGGUGACAUACAACAAUGCAAUUUUGAUUAGAUACUUAAAAGCAUAAUCUCUGAAUAGUGUUCAUAUUCUUAGGUGGCUGAUUUAGUCUUAAAAAAUGCAUUUACUUUAGACAUAAAGAAUAGGAAGAUCAUAAUCUAACCGAAGUAUCUUCACAUUCUAUCCAAAACUCACAAUUUCAUUUAAAAAAUGGAUCAUCAAAGUCUGUACAACAAAAUCGAUUGUGUGUAUAAAUAUAGUGUGUAUCCAAAUGAGUAGCUUGACAUCAGAAGGGGCUAUGAAAAUAGAGAGAAGGAGAAUCAAAUAGCAUAACUAUUGCCGUUUAAUAAAUUAUUUCAGGAUAUAAAUCAAAUAGAUAUGAGAAUAACUGUUGAAGGAAGAAAAAUUGAAUAAGUUACUGAUUAUGCUUUUGACUUUUAAGAUUAGUGGAGUGAUUUACAUAAAUAAACCAUGGUUUACAAUAAAUACUAAUUUUUUGAAAUGGCUACAAGGAAGUUUUUGUUUAUUGAUCAGAUCAAUUUCAUGAAGAUAAUUUAUAUCAAAAAAAAUCAAUCACCAAUAAUAUUGUAUUUACAUGAUUAUCAUUUAAUUCAUCAAAUUUCUAAUUGUCAGCGAAUGAAUAAACAUUAAAAAUGCUAAAUCUUAACUGGAAUUAUACGAGUGCUGUAUUCCCCCACUUCCUUUUUGUAUCUGAAGGAUCAUCAAUUUUACAAUUAUCUCAAGGCCUAGUUGCCAAAUUAUCAUCAAAUUAAAGUCCUAUUGGUAAGCAAUUCAAAGAAACUAUUGCAAUUUUUGGACAGAUUGGAUUACAUAUACAUAUUAAAAUUAUGGAACAAUCAAUCAUGUUAUGUCCAUGUUAAGGUGUAUUUCUUGUAGGAUCAUAAGCAAGAAAAAGGUUCAGAGAAAAUAUACAUCUAUGAUGGAGAACACUUGUUUGUCAGUGUAGAGUUGUACGAGUUCAAUUCUAAGUUGAAGAAAUACAUCUUAUUAUUUAAUAAGUAUGACUUGGAACUGUAGUUUGAUGUUGAGAAGUAUUUUGAUUCCAACAUUAUAUUCAAUUGGUGUAAGGCCAUCAUAUCAAAUACUAAAUUUGAUAAGAGAUUCUUAUAUAGAGUACCCUAGAUAAUGAAGUACAAUCAAAACUAAUCCCCUGUGAACCUCAAUAAGUUCAUGCUCAAUUCCUUUUUUAAUAGGCAGCAAUCCCUUAAUGUAAAUUACAACGAAAAAGUGACAAGGUGCACAUUCAAUGAAUUUCCAAAAAAUAACUUUGAUUAAAAUAUUACUGAUAAGAAUUAUUUGAAUACUGUACAUAGAAUUUUUAGAGUCAUUGGACAUUAUACAUAAAAGUUUUAUUUGGUAAAGCAGAAAAAUAAAAGGAAAAUAGUAAAUGAAUUGCGAUAUAAGGAGAUGAAGAACAUAAAAUUACUUAAGUAGGAGUUUGUUAUUAUUUCUAUACUUGCUCAUACUUAUUUAGAUAUGUUCCAGAUUAUCUAUUAUUUUCCAAGAAGUAAAAGAAAAUUAAUGACUUACAUCAAUAUUUUACACUUUUAGGAGAUGGAUUUUAAAGAUCAUGUCAUCUUCAAUUUGAUUGACAAUAGUUAAUUCACUGAUUACAACGAUCUAUAGAAUAAGGAGAAAGUAAAUCAUUAAAAUAGUAAAAAACACCCAUAGUUAGAUAUGAAUUUAAUCUAAAAGAUCAAAUUAAUGAAAAAAACUGAACAAUCUCCUUUUGAUUUGCAAUCUGCUAAAUAAAAGAAAAAGUUUCAAUCUAGAAUAGGGUUUGCUUAGGUUAGUAAUGAGAUUUUAAUGAAAAACAAAGUAAUCAAGCAGGCUAUUAAUCAGAAUAAUUAAAUCUCAGAUUCUGUGAUGAAAUUCUUGGGAUUUUCAAGGAAGUUGCAUGAUCAUGAGGAUAAUCACAAUAAAAUGAUAGAGAUAUAGAUUUGGAACAGAUUGUUGAAUGAGGUGUUUUUGUUGAAUAUGGAUCAUGAGAAGAACUUCAGUAAUUUCAACACAUUGAUGGAUAGAUUGAUGGAGACAUUUGAAGAUUUCGCAGAGUAAAAAAUAAAGAUCAUAGGUAAGGAACAUCUAAUGAAGAGACAAUCGAUGGAAAAUUCAAGAUAUAAUUAUAAAGUGUAAACAGAGUUAACUGAGAAAUUUGAAAAAUUGAUAAUAUACAAUCAUGUUAGAGUGACUUAGCAAUUCAAAUUUUCAAAGAGCAGAUACAUCUUGAGCACCAAUUGCUAUGACAGUUAGAUAAUGGAGUUUAUUUGCAGUGCCUAAUUUCGUAUUGAAAGAUUGGGAUCAGCCUAUGUGGAGUGUUUCUUAGAACCAUUGAAUAACAAGAGAACGGAUAUCUUGAAACCUUUAAAUCCGAUGCCUUAUUCUUCAUCCUCCAAUUACAAUAUCUAUUUUAGAUACUAUUGUUUGACCAACUAUUUCUUCAAGGAUGUUAGGGUCAAUCUUAGGGAACUAUUGAAUUUAUUCAUAGCAGAUGGCUUUUUCAAGUCUUAGACCAAUUAUAUGAAUAGCAAAUUGUCCAUAUCUGAUAUCAUCAAUAUGUGUCAUUAUUUGACUUACAAAAUCAAGACGUAAAACUAUCUGAAUCUAUCAUAAUUGGCUUUGCAACAUUAAGAAACUGAAAAUACUUUGAGAAAAUACAUUAUUACUGAAAGUGUAGAUCAAUUCUAGACUGAUAAGAAGAAGGAUGGGGAAGGAUACAUUUAUAGUGAAGUGAUAAAAAAGAAGAAUAAACAUCUGGUGUUAUUGUAAUUACAAUUAUUCCAUACACAACACAAGGUGAUUGUAAAUAUGUUUGAAAAUAAGACGGAUUACUUUUAGUAGAAAGAAUUGACAUUCACUUAUAUUUAGACAAUCGUUCCUAAUUUUUCAUUCCUUAUAAAAACACGUAAUUAUUUCAAGGCUCUUCAAAGAUUGGUGGAAGUACUUAAAUAUAAAUAAUGA